AUGUCAUUCAUCCUUGGGGAUAUCAUGAGCAGCGUCGGGGUAGACACCUCUUGUUUAUACCCGUUCCACGCCCGAAUGUACUUUCGGGAUCCUGGAUACCCCAUUCCAACACUACAUAAAGCCGCAUUAAAUGGUGACCAGGAGCAGGCCAUGAGAGUUCUUGCAGAUGGAGCUGACAUCAACUGUUCGGGCAUUGGAGGAGAAACAGCGCUACAUAUCAUUGCUGCGCAAGGAGAUCCCAGGCUCGCACGUCUGCUUCUGCAACAUCAAGCCUCUGUUACAGCCGUGGAUCAACUGGGGGCUACCGCGCUACACUGGGCAGCCGGAGGCCGAACAGACGAGCAUAUCACAGUAUUGAAGCUUCUACUCGACGCUGGUGCUGACGCAUCUGCUGCGGCUGAGGAUCAAACAACGCCAAUUUUGUGGGCGACAGAUGGAGGAACUCUAGAGGCGAUUCGCUUGUUACACGCAGCUGGUGCGGACAGCUCCGCGGCCGUGGUAUCUGCCGCCUCGCUCGGGAACGAGGCUGUUGUGAGGUUCUUGAUUGAUGUUGGCGUAAGUGUGACGGCAACACACCAUGGCUUCACAGCUCUACACAAAGCAUUACUUGGCGGACACUCGACAAUAGCAGAGUUGCUAAUCGAUGCCGGCGCCGAUAUUUUCGCUCCGGCCAUCGACGGAAUAUCCACACUGCAUUGCGCGGCUGCUGGUGGCCAUGAAGCAAUUACCAGGAGGCUGCUGGCCGCCGGUGCCGAUGCUUCAGUACAAUCAGAUGACGGAUCGACGCCGGUAAUACUCGCAGCACAUGGUACGCACGAGGCAGUUGUGCGUCUUCUAAUCGAAGCUGGUGCAGACGUUUCUAUGAGAGAUUCUGCGGGCACCACAGCCUUACGCUGGGCCGCAUCGGCCGGGCACGAGUCGAUUUCUGAGCAACUUCUCGCUGCUGGAGCAGAUCCUUCUGCUCAAGAUGCUGCUGGUACAACGCCUCUCAUACAUGCUGUUACUGGCGGCCACGAAAUAGUUACCCUCUUACUCCUCACAUCUGGCGCCUCCGCCUCCGCCUCCGACAACCAUUUAGUCACGGCAUUGCAAAUGGCUUCCAGUAAAGGACAUGGCAGUCUGGUAAGUCAUCUUCUCGAAUUUGGAGCCGAUGCCUCGUCCGCAGACGAAAGAGGAACUACAGCACUCCAUCGGGCUGCUGCUUGGGGACAUGACGACAUCAUACGAGCGCUCCUUGCUGCUGGUGCAGAUGUGAGUGCAGUGGACGCGGCCGGGACGACUGCUUUACACGAGGCAGGCAAAUGGGGAUGUACUUCAACUGCGCAACUUCUAUUGCAACAUGGCGCCGCUACCCUGGUGACAGAUAACGCUGGGAGGACGGCACGGCAACUAGCGCUUGCAAAUGGCCAUGGAGAUACCGCCGCAUUGCUUGUUGAAACCUGA